AUGGGAGAUUUCGGUCAAAAUCCGAUGGCAAACCAAGGAUCGGGCUGGUCCGCGCCCAAAGCAAUGGGAGGAGGCGGCGGUCCUCCGCCAUUUAUGAACGGUCCUCCUGGAGGUGGAGGCUUUGGCGGCCCUCCAGGCGGCGGAGGAUUUGGCGGUCCACCAAGAGGAGGCGGCUUUGGAGGUCCUAGAGGGGGUGGCUUCGGCGGACCCCCGAGAGGAGGAGGCUUCGGGGGCGGCUUUGGAGGUCCUCCCGGUGGAUUCAACGGAGGGGGCGGCUUUGGCGGCGGCGGUGGCUUCCGAGGUGGUUUUCGGGGUCGCGGCCGUGGCCGAGGAAAGCCAGCUCCAACUAAUGUCGUGAAAAAACGAAAAGGGUACAAGGGAGCGGCGCAAAAGCAAAAAGAACCCGCCAAGCCAUCAAGACAGCUUUUCGUCCGCCCAAUUGAAAAUGGCACUAAGGUCUCGGAAGUGCGCGACUACUUCCAAGUUUUCGGAGAGCUGCGCGACGUUUACCUGCCAAAGGACUACUAUACAAAAGAGAUGAAAGGCGUAGCUUACGUCGAGUAUAAGGAGCAAGAAGACGCCGAAGAAGCCCAAGCCGCCAUGGACGGGUGCGAAUUUAACGGCAAAAAUAUCUCAGUCACUUUCGCUCAGGGCGACAGAAAAUCGAAAGAAACGAUGGCGACAGGAGUGUACGCUACUAACAUGGAAAUUGAAAUGCUCAAAAAAGAGCUCGCCAAAGAACAGGAGAGACUAUCGAAGGCGGCAAGAGGAGAACGGAUUUCUCCACCAAGGUUCGCCGAAUUGGACGACAAUGGAGCUCCCAUUGUCAAGCCAAUGGUCAAAGAUGAUAGAGACAGAAGGAGAGGCGAUCGGCGAGAUCGGGACAGGCGAAGAAGAAGUCGAAGUAGAAGCCCUAGACGAGGCCUUGGCGGAGGACGCGAUAGAGGACCAAGAGACGAUGACGAUGAUUGCCCAGAGUUCAGAAAGCGUCCUGAAUCCGAUAAGGAUAAAAUAGAUGAUUGUCCAGAGUUCGCAGGUCGCCCUGGCCGAGACGAUCGAAGUCGAAGCCGUCGAAGUAGCAGGGAGCCAAGAAGUAGUCGAGUCGUCGUCGAGAUAGAAGCCGAAGCCGAGAGAGGCGAAGAUCUCGCGACAGACGCUGAAAUUGCAUCUUGA